CUUCCUUCCUUCUCUCCGAAGGUACUCAUCUGAAAAAUGGGAACAAAGUGAUUGUUCCUGUUCUCUUUCUUAAGUCACUUCAAAUGCUGUCUGCUGUGUUGGAGGCUCAUUGUCCAGAGCACGGGGCAAGCGACAGGCACGUGAUGGACAAAUCCAUAAUUUAUGGUAAAGAAAAAAAUCCAAUUGACACUAAUCUCAGAACUUUUCCAGACUCAUAGCCACAACAUCUUUCUACCUGAGAGGUUCUGUUAUUAGCAGACCACCCUCUCAGUAUGGAUCACAAUAAUUACGAGCCCAAAAGGGCAGAUGAUUCUCUUACCAGAACUGUUGACCUCUCCCAUCUUCCCUACCCUAUUGCUCAACCUGUCCCUACCAAACCUCUACCACGCAAAUUUAUCCCAGAGAUGAUUGACCUCAACAAGCUUCAGUUUCAUAGAGUCCUGGGUAGAUAUGAUACAGUGCAGAUCAAACAAGAAGCUGUAAAACCCAUGCCAAUAUGGCCCUCAUCACCUCUUCUCCUGCACCCUCCUUCUCCAUACUUCCCACCCCUCCGUCCAAGCUUGGUCCCUUUCCCAUUCCUGAUGCCAGGCCCAGUCAUGCACCUUUCUCCCAAUUCGUUCUACCAACAAGAGGUGCCAAGAUUCUAUAGAAGAAACACAGAAGGUUCCAGAGCUGGGCUGAGCAGUGCUGAGAAGCUUGGCCUGAAUAUUCAUGUAGAUGACAGCUACUAUGUGGAUGUAGGAGGUGAACAGAAACGCUGGAAGUGCCGCAUGUGUGAGAAGUCCUACACUUCUAAGUACAACCUUGUCACGCACAUUCUGGGUCACAGUGGCAUCAAGCCACAUGGAUGUGGCCUCUGUGGGAAGCUUUUCAAGCAACUAAGCCACUUGCACACACACAUGCUCACCCACCAAGGCGCCCGUCCCCAUAAGUGCCAGGUGUGCCACAAGGCAUUCACUCAGACGAGUCACCUGAAGAGACACAUGAUGCAACACAGUGAUAUCAAGCCAUACAGUUGCAGUGUGUGUGCUCGAGGCUUUGCCUACCCUAGUGAGCUUAAGGCUCAUGAGCUUAAGCAUGAGAGAGGCCAAGAAAAUGUGUGUGUGGAGUGCGGCCUCGACUUUCCAACACUUGCACAGCUGAAACGGCAUCUGACAGUCCACCGUGGACCAGCACAAUACAACUGCAGCGAGUGUGGCAAGAGCUUCCAGUACCCAAGUCAGCUGCAAAACCACAUGAUGAAGCACAAGGACAUAAGGCCGUUCAUCUGUAGUGAAUGUGGUAUGGAGUUUGUGCAGUCUCAUCACCUCAAGCAGCACACCCUGACCCACAAGGGAGUGAAGGAGCAUAAGUGCCGCAUCUGUGGCCGUGAGUUCACCCUGCUGGCCAACAUGAAGCGUCACAUUUUGAUCCACACCAACAUCCGAGCCUAUCAGUGCCACCUGUGCUACAAGAGCUUUGUCCAGAAGCAGACACUCAAGGCUCAUAUGAUUGUCCACUCAGACAUCAAGCCUUACAAAUGCAAGCUAUGUGGGAAGGAGUUCAACAGAAUGCAUAAUCUUAUGGGCCACAUGCAUUUGCACUCAGACAGCAAACCUUUCAAGUGCCUGUACUGCCCCAGCAAGUUCACUCUGAAGGGGAAUCUGACCCGUCACAUGAAGGUCAAACAUGGCAUCAUGGACCGAGGACUAGAUGCCCGAGUUUUCAGGCACAGAGGAAGGUUAUGUCUUUCCAGCCCUCUUCGUCUUCUGUCUCGCUUCAGUCAGGACAAGCCUUUCGAUCUGUCCCAGAAGAGCCAUCCCCAUUUCCGUCUUUCUCAGUCAGAUGGUGAGAGCCGUGAGGAAGAUGAGGACAGCCUCUACAGAAUGAGCCAGUACAGCCCUGACCGUUACCAGACAGAACUGGGAGGAGCCAGAGAGGCAGAUGAUGAAGAUGAGGAGGAAGAGGAUGGGAUGGUCCAUGAAGGAGAAGAGGAUAGGAGUGGAAAGCACUUCAGUUUAAGCAAAGAGGAGCUCCAAUACAUACGUUACAGAGAGAGUCAGGAAGGCUCAGUCUCUGAUGGAGAACUCUACUGUAGUCGAACAUACCGUGAUAGAAAAUUAAGCUGUGAAUGAAGUCUUGAAAAAAUAUCUUUAAAAUAUCUCUUGGAAAAGAAAAAAAGUGAAAUAAA